AUGGAUGAUCGUUUCGAUGAGGUGUACCUUACCGAUGAAGCGGCAGUGGUGGAAAAAGCUUCAAGGAUCAAGUUUAGCGAGACACUAACCAUACGAGGUCCCCUGUUAGCCGAUGUUUCCAACUUCGAUCAUCAGCAAAAGUUGGUCACGAAGGAUGUCAUAUACGCGAUUUGCAGCUUCGAAGGCUUUUAUGUUCGGUAUAGCUCAAGGUACCAAAGAGAUAACUUGGAUCACCGUAUCAGAGGACCAGAUUUUAUAACGGCAAAAAAGUUGGAUGUGUCGCUAAAACAAGUUGUUCGAAAACUUCUACGGUUCGGCAAGUACGUCGGCGGAAUCACUGCUUUUCUUGACCAUUAUGAUGACUGUAAGUUUGGUAAGGGAGUUCAAAGUCUUUGUGAACAAAUUUCCAUAUUUCUUGACGACUACCACCAAGCAGUUUUGGAAAUUGAGUAUCUAUUCAGCAGUCAAGUUAACUUCAGUCUAAACAGCAUGGAAAACUUCCUCAAUCAGAAGAUAGCCAACAAGCUUUACCAUCUAUACGAAAUUUGCAAUGCUAUCCAUGAUGAAAGCUGCAAAAGAGCCAAGCUCACGAUCGUGAAUGAUCAAAGCACACUAAAUGAAAUGAUUCGACUGUCAUUGGUGCCGAAUCAAGUUGGUGUUGAUUUCGCUCCUUACCGAUACUGUAAAGGAUCACUAGUACUUCUGAUUGUACAAGAACGAAUUUUGACUUUCAAAGGCGAUACCCACCUGCUGCACUAUUUGAACCACUUGUUCGACUCGAUUCUGCGUGAUUACGUUUCAAUGCUCAAUAACUGGCUUAGUGAUGGCUUGAUCAACGAUCCCUUCAACGAAUUUAUGAUCAAACAAGGGGAAGUUGGUCCUGUUCUAUCAGAUGACUUUGCAGUAACAUCGGAAAAGUAUUGGACAGAACUUUUUUUAAUUCGAAAAGAUGGUUUGAUAAGUCAAUUGAUGUCAUUCGAGAUUCAAAGAAAAAUCCUUAACACAGGAAUACUCUUGAACAUGUUCAAGCAGUGUACAGGUAUUCACAACUUUCUGUCAAUUGAUGUUGAGAGCUUGGUUUUAAUUGACCUGUUGGUGCUGGAUGAUUUGGAGCUUAAAAUUGACAGUUUUUACCGUCGAGCAAAUACAAUGAUGCUCAAAUUAUUUUAUGAUGGUUAUAGCUUUGAUUCAUUGCUUUGGGAACUACAAAACAGAUUCAUGCUCAUGGAUUGUUUUCCCAGUGAGCAAUUCAUUGAUCGAUCAUUCCAUGAUUUGAAGCAGAAAAAGAAAGAUGUUUCAGUCUCGUCGCUCAAAGAUUCUUAUCGAAACCUGUUUGGUUCGAAGGGUACACAAUACAAUGAGAGCUCCACUUGGGAGCGUCCUCAAAUAACAGUGGCUGACAUCGUAUUUCGAAACCAACAAUUUGGCAUAAGCAAGACAAACUUGUUUGAUGAAAUUUUGGAUAUCAAGGAGAUGGAAGCGUUUGAUCCCACCGAAAUAAUGAAGGAUGGCCGCUCACAUGCAGAUAUUUUGAAUUUCGCUCUUGGACGAGGAUCUACACUGCGCUCAUCGCUGGUGGCAGCUUCUGAAAAUUUUAAUUUGGCAGACUACACGAUCUGUCUGAUUGAACUCAAAAUACCAUUGCCCUUUCCAUAUAACUUUAUUAUCGACACGAACUUGCUGUUUCAAUAUGGCCUUGUCUUUAGGUUUUUGAUGCUUGUACGGUUUUUGAAUCAUUACAACCAAGAUCUGUGGAAAGAGUUGAAUCUGCUGCGCAUAUGGAGGUCUAGCACGUACCCUAAACCAGUAACAACAAUACUAAGGCGCUGCCGUGAUUUAAAUCUGAACAUCGCCAUUUUCCUUGAGCAAUUGAUGGGCUACUUAAACAUUGAUGUGGUGAAUUAUAACUACCUCAAGUUAUUGAAGGCGUCAAGUGCAAUUCAUGAAGAGGUAAGGAAUCAUCGCAUGAAACUGGAACAGAUGCUGAAUAUUGGAAGUUCAAGAACAUCACUGAGUGACCGCCAUUUCGAUCGUCAUCUGUUUACAAGCUUCAAAAGCCCAAACUCUGCUCUCGAUAGCGUCAUUCGCUCACAGAAGUCGACCUUGUCUGGAAAUACGCAACAGCAGGAAUUACGCGUAACAGUUGAAGAAUUGCAGAAUCAAAUUAAUCGAUACUUGGGUAAUAUCAUCAAUGAUAGCUUUCUCCCUUGCGAGAAUAUAAUGUCCUCAUUGAAAAAGUUGUUCGAACUCAUCAACUUAGCAAACAGUUUCUUCAAAAGCCUCGACUCAAAACUACCAACAUCCGACCCCGAGCAAUACAAGCUUCUACAAAAGCAGCAACCAGAAAUACACCCUCAUAUCGAUUUAAGCGAAGAAUCCAUUAGAAGGCGCUAUCUUGACUGGAACAAGACGGUCACGGAAUACAUGGACAACUUCAACUCCCAAAUUCAUAAUCUUUGUGACGAGUUGCAAAAAAUCGAGGAGUUCGAGCUGAAACUGGCGCUGAUUUUGCGUGAGCGGUUGAAGCUAGCAUUUAAUUAUUGA